AUGCGGUUGGUAGCGGAUGUGGCAGUGGCCAACUCGACCGACAAUACCGUCAGUGUGCUGCUUGGCGAAGGUGCCUUUCAGACUCAAAUGAACUAUACGGUUGGUACCAGUGCAUCUUCUGUAAUGUCACAUGAUUUCAACAAUGAUAACAAACUUGAUCUGGCAGCGGCCAACGUGGCCGACAAUACCGUCAGUGUGCUACUUGACAAAGAGGAUGGAACAUCAGUGUGCUAUAUUACAGAAGAUGUACCGAUACCAACCGUAUAG